AUGGAGGCGACGUCGCCUGAACCCGUCAUACGCACCUCAGGUUCAAAAUCGCCAGUUCUGCGGCGCAGACACAGUCUCCGGAAGACGGUCCAAGGGUGGAAAGAGGACAAUUGUCAUCCCUCUCCUCAACGUCCCUCUCUCUCAUGGGACGACCAUCCGUACUAUGCCCGCCUUUCGGCUGGGAACGCCGUUGUCGACUUUUACGACGACCUCUCGCAGCGGCUCUACUUCCCAGACGCCUCGAAUGACACGACACCUGACGAUCCAAUGACAGUAAUUGACGAGUCCUUUUUCUUUCUCGACUAUCUCGCCGGCCCUAGUGUGACACCGACGAUGCCCAGCUCCGGACCUUGCACUAGUAACCCACCAUCAUCAGCCUCCACCCGACCGACCAACUACCGCGUUUCCUUUACCACCCUUCUCACAAAUUGUCAUGACCAUCGCAUGUCAACAAUUUCAGAAGCCACGCAAACUCCCACAGAGAGUCCCUUCCCCCUCCCACCGUCUUCGCCUACCAACACAAAGGGAAAGGGCCUCGACCCCCCUGUAGCAGAUCCCUCCGCUGUCUCAGCGAGCAACAACAACUCACCAUCUACAACACCAAUAGCACCCAGACACCCGAAACGGUCGGCGCCCUCAAAGAACAAACACCGGCACCAAUCUCCCUCGUACCAAAAGGAACGAAACGGGCUUCAAAAGCUAUUGGAUUACAUCAAACCGUACCCGACUAGGACCGUCAACCGCACCCGAAGGUCAACACACAACGGCAAGCCCCGUCUCCGACCUAUAGCACCGUACCGUCCACCGCCGGUCCUUGGUGAAACUCGCUCGGAUCGUACCUCGCUCGCCGAGACGGACGAGGCAGACGAGGAAUGGGUUCUCCAUGGCUUCUUUGAGAUACAAAGUCUCUCUCUUUCGCGUAUAGACUAG